AUGACGGCCGCGCCCUCGCCUCGACGCGCCCCCACCACCGCGACGCCGAGCCGCCCCGAGCACCUCACCCAGGAGCCCACAACGUCACCGUCCUCGCCACGACGUCGCUGCGAAGCCCAAGCUCCGCGACCCCGUUCAGCGUCCACGGCGCCCGAGUACCCCAGCCGCGACGCUGCCCUCGCCGCGUCGAGCUUCGACCUUGACGACGGGCAGGAGCUCGGUGCCCCACGGAUGCCAAGCACCGCCGUGCCGAGCCCUGUCCCCUGCGUCACCUCGCCGGAGCCACGGACCUCAGCCUCGACGCCGCCGGAGCCCUUGACGCCCAGCCAUCUUCGACCGCGGCCACAAGCUCACCCCGACGCAGUGCUACGGUCACCAUCGCGACGUCCCCGACCUCGCCCCAUCACACCAGGAACCACGACGCUGCGCUCCGUCCUCACCGUCCGUGUCAUCGCAGGCAGGCUACGCAGUCCGCUGGCCUCGCUCCGCCACUGUGUCGUGCUCCGGGCAGCAGCAGGCCACCGCCACUUUCCUCGC